AUGGCUCGUGGUGCAGUGGUGGGUGUACUUUUCGCGGCAGCUGCCUUCGGAAGCUGCUUCCUUGGUGGGGUGCCCACCCAGCCGCCGCGUGCGCCAACAACUCCAAACCAUGCGGACUCCUUGGCAGCACCACUGCAGACUGAGAACAGCGAGAGCACCUACUCCUGGGCUCCGCCUCUCUUGAGCUUCGGUGCUGCUUUGGGUGUGAUUUUCGGUCUUGUGGCAGCCCAGCCUGCAAAGGCCAUCACUGCUGAGCAGUUCAGCCAGCUAACUUACAAUCAGGUGAGGGGCUCUGGCUUGGCCAACCGCUGCCCCACUGUGGAAUCCAACGGCUCUGAGGUGCCUGUGAAAGCUGGCUCCAAGCUGAUCAACGUGUGCUUCGAGCCCAAGUCUUUUGCUGUUGAGAUCGACACUGACAACGGCAAAGAGUUUGCCACAACCAAGCUGACCACACGUCAGACCUACACACUGGCUUUCGUCGAGGGCACUUUGGAUCCCAACCCAAUCACCUUCAAGGAGCAGGAUGGCAUGGACUUCGCAGCUACCACGGUGAAGCUUCCAGAUGGUGAGUACGUCCCUUUCCUCUUCACUGUGAAGGAGUUGGUGGCCAAGG